ACAGCAUAAAGCAUAAUCAACUGUGCCGCCACAAACUUUGGCUUAAAUUCCACGCUACUUUUUUACAAAAAGAAAUCCCGUAUAAAUAAAUACAGGUUAAAUUUAAAAGAUCAGUAGCAGGAAGAAGAAAAAGAUUUUUGUCUUUCAAUUUUAUUGUUGGUUUUAGAGAGAGAAAGUAAAGAGGAAGAAAUAAAAAAUGUCGUGGCAGAGUUAUGUAGACGAUCACUUGAUGUGUGAGAUCGACGGCAAUCAUCUCACUUCUGCCGCUAUUCUCGGCCACGACGGCGUCGUUUGGGCUCAGACCCCCAAUUUCCCCCAGUUUAAAGCAGAAGAAAUAGCAGGGAUAAUGGAAGAUUUCGAAGAGCCAGGAAAACUCGCUCCGACAGGCUUAUAUCUUGGUGGUGUAAAGUACAUGGUAAUCCAGGGUGAGCCUGGAGCUGUAAUCAGAGGGAAGAAGGGCUCUGGUGGUAUAACUGUAAAGAAAACGAACCAGGCUUUGCUGGUUGGAAUAUACGACGAGCCUAUGACACCUGGACAGUGCAAUGUGGUUGUUGAAAGGAUUGCCGAUUAUCUGAUCGAGCAGGGCAUGUAAUUCACAUGCUGUUGUGUUGGAUACUCGAAUUUAUACCCUAAAAUCUUUUCUUUUUAUUGGAUUUAUUUUGAGAUUUUGGUCUUGAGCACUUAUCAUUAUAUCAAUACGAGUGGAGAGUAUUUGAUAGUUGAAUUUCUGGUGUUUUCAAGUUAAGGAUGCUAUGUAAUUGGUGUUGUAUUGUAUUGUACUCUUUGGCAGCAUGCUAUCAUUUUGGAGUUGGAUUGCAGUUGUGUCCCAAUUUCAAUUUGAUAAACUGAUCUUCAUCUUCGUAAA